AUGCCAGGAGGAAACCCAGCCGCAUGGCCACAUCUCAAGGAUAUCUUCCAGAAGAUAUCUGCCAAAUCAAACGGAGAACCAUGCUGUGAUUGGGUUGGAAAUGCUGGAUCCGGACAUUUCGUCAAGAUGGUUCAUAAUGGAAUCGAAUACGGAGACAUGCAACUCAUCGCUGAAGCCUAUCAUCUUUUGAACAAGGCCGUCGAGUUGAAUCAUGACCAGAUGGCUGAAGUUCUUGACGACUGGAAUAAGGGAGAAUUGGAAUCUUUCCUUAUCGAAAUCACCGCCAACAUUCUGAAAUAUCGCGAUGAGAAGGGAGAGCCAAUCGUGCCGAAGAUUCGUGAUUCCGCUGGACAAAAGGGAACUGGAAAGUGGACUUGUUUCGCUGCUCUUGAAUACGGACUCCCAGUUACUCUUAUCGGAGAAGCCGUCUUCGCCAGAUGUUUAUCUGCAUUGAAGAACGAGCGUGUUCUUGCUUCCAAACAACUACCACGUCCUCAAGUGUCCCCAGAUACUGUUGUUCAGGACAAGAGAAUUUUCAUCAAGCAAAUCAGCAAGGCUCUUUAUGCCUCGAAGAUUGUGAGUUACGCUCAAGGAUUCAUGCUUCUCGCCGAGGCUUCGAAACAACUCAAAUGGGAUUUGAACUUCGGAGCGAUUGCUUUGAUGUGGAGAGGAGGAUGUAUCAUCCGUUCCAGAUUCCUCGGAGAAAUCAAACGUGCUUUUGAUAACAACAAGCAACUUUCCAACCUUCUUCUCGAUGAAUUCUUCACCAAGGCCAUCGCAGAAGCGCAGGACUCGUGGCGCGUCGUCGUCUGCUCAGCCGUUCGUCUCGGAAUUCCAGUUCCAGCCUUCUCAUCGGCACUCUCUUUCUAUGACGGAUACACCAGUGAGGUCGUCCCAGCUAAUUUGCUCCAAGCUCAAAGAGACUACUUCGGAGCUCACACCUACGAACUUCUCGGCCAACCGGGAACCUGGGUUCACACCAACUGGACCGGACACGGAGGACGUGUUACAUCUAACACAUACAAUGCAUAA